GUUGCAUCCGAGGAGAGGCAGAUGGUUUCAUUCGGGAUGAAGUUGGCUGUCGUGUGCUUCUGCUUCUGCAUUCUGCAUUUGACCGCAGUCAGCGCUGGACAGUACGGCCGCAAGUCAGAAGCCUCCGCAGAAGCUCCGCAGAAGCCUCAGCCCCUCGGCACAGGGUCUUUGAUCAAAGGCAGACAGAGACCACUGUUUGCGAGGAGAGGACAGUAUGAAAGACAAAGGAUUCAUACAUCGAAGUCCAACGUGGUCCCUGUUCCUCCAAAUGGCGCUCCCCCUCCUUCUAAAGUGGCACCCAAACCUGUGAAGCCUAAGUGCUCUCAGAUAACACAAAGCUGUUUGCCCCAGUUUGGCUGCUGUAACUCAAACGCCACAUGCCACUGCCGCUUCUUCAACGCAAUCUGCUUCUGCCGCCGGUCAACCGGUCAAAACUGAGACGCAAAAAUAAACUCAAGCGCACAGUACAGAUAGCAUCACCCACGCUGCCACGAUUGUGUUAUAACAGUAAUCAACCACCUCAACAGACAGGCUGAUGCAUCACAUGGGUGGGACGAUAAGCAUCAUCUCACAAAGUCAGCAUCUUAAGUUAGAUAGUGCACAUUUUAAGGAGUUUAUCAAACUUGCAUACCUUUUGUGAAAGUCAGCUGCUUGGAAAAGUUAUCCACUGUAUA